GCGCGGAUAAAUUACUGCGGCGAAUUAUCGUUCGAAGUGAUCGGCGAGGGGGGGAAGGACGGACGGACGGAAUCCGGGAUCUUCGAAUAGUAUAUAAGCUCUCUACCCGCCGCGAUUGAGGUACACUCGACACCCAGUCACUCAAUAUGAGAGCAUUCAUCGCCCUUCUCCUCGUCAUCUCCGCGGCCUCCGCGUCUCUUCGUGAGCGCCGCAGUAUCUGGGCUGGGGUUCCGCUGGGACAUCACGGUUACGCUCACGGUCUGGCUCUGGCUGGUCCCGUUCUCGGUGCUUCCGGUCUCGCCGGGCCCCACGUAGGCCCUUCGUCCCUCGCCGGACCGGUGGCGGGCCCCGUUCGCGUCUCCGGGGCCGUCGCCGGGCCCGUUCACGUUUCGGGAAGCGUCGCCGGGCCCUCGGUCGUCAGCGGUUCCGUCGCCGGGCCGACUCACGUCGACGGAGGCUGGGACGGCGCCUGGGGCGGCGCUUGGAACGGAGGGUGGAACGGCGCCGCCGGCUGGGCUGGCGCAGGCUACGGACUCGGGGCUGGACACGGAGUGGUAUUGGCCGGACCGGGUGCCCACGGGGCCGUUUUGGCCGGUCCGACGAGUCACGGAGCGGUGAUUUCCGGUCCACAUGCGGGAGGGGCUGCGGUUUCGGGUCCUCACGCCGGCUCGGCUGUUAUCAGCGGACCCUCCGGUACCAUUUCGACUCACGGGGCUGGAUACGGAGCCGGAGUUCACGCCGGACUCGGUCACGGAUGGGCUGGACACGGGCACUGCCCCCUGUGUGCGUCCUCUCCGGGUGCCACGCCCGCGAGCGACGAGGUCGUUAGUCAACGCAGAGAGUCAAGUGCAGACGACCACUUUAGUAACUCACAACGGCUCGAGCGGCUACACCGUAACACCGGCAGCAAAUCACAUUCUACAUCAACAGCCACUACCAUGCCUUCGUUUACGGUAGCGACGAUUCUGGCAGCGGUUCUCUCCGCCGCGGCCGCUGCACCCUCGGGACUCUGGGGUCCCAUUGGACACGGUACGGCGCUCGCCGGUCCCGUUUUGGGAGCCUCUGCGUUGGCGGGACCGGCGGUCGGUCCAGCCCGCAUAUCUGGAGCAGUUGACGGCGGCGCUGUCGUUUCUGGUGCUGUCGCCGGUCCUUCGGUCGUCACCGGAAGUGUCGCCGGUCCCGCGGUCGUUUCCGGAUGGGGAGGUCCCGCUCUCGGCUGGGGAGCGCCCGGAGUUCUCGGACUCGCCGGGCACGGGGCCGUCGUUGCCGGGCCGUGGGGCGGCCCGGUGGCCCUCCAAGGCGCCGUUUCGGCGCCUGCCGUUGUCGCCGGACCCUCCGGUAGCAUCGUGACCGGAGCCGCCGGACUCGGCGCAGGUAUCACCCACGGUUGGGCAGGUGGCCAUUGGUGAUAACGACGCGACGAAUUUCGCCAGAUAUCGCCACGUCAACGACCGACCGACCCGACCUCAAAUAAGCUGACCACGUAAUGAUCUCGCAACCUCCGGCGCGGUAUUAGCGUCGCUUACGUUAUAUACCUCGUCUCACUCGAACGCGCUCUCAAUUUUUAUGUACAUAACCAUUCGGCAGUUCUUAUAUAUAUAUUAUUUUGUUUGUUUGAAAUAAAAUAGAGAAGGAAGAAUCCUUCGAGAACAUUGAAA